UCAGUCCUCAUUAAACCUAUUUGCUUUCACUUGUUUUUAACCCAUUCUGUGUUUGGGUCUCUUCUCCCCAGUCCCUGCCCUACCUCUUCUGCCCCACGUCACCAUGGCAGUUUCUCUUGGCCCUGUGUCUGAUCCGGGGGCCGAAAUGACCCUCCUGGAAAUCAACCAGGAGCUUCAGUCUCAGCUGGAACAAAGCAAACAGGACUUUCGAGACCUCAAAGAGAAGUUCCUUGUCUCUGAGUCCACCACCUACAUCCUGGCCAACGAGCUGCAAAAAUACAAGUGUGGAGCGUGCAAAGACAUCAUUGAAUCAGUGCUGGGGGAGAAGCUGCAGUUCCAGGAGGGGAAGCUGACAGAGAAGCCAAUGUUAGCGGAGAAGCUCAAGAAAUGUCAUGUCCUAAUCCAAGAUCAGGCUCAAGAGCUGGCCCAGUUACGGCAAACGGUAGAGGAAGGCAAAGAAGUUUCUGUGCUCCUCAAGUACCACUUCACCCACAGGGACCCUGCCGCCUACCAGGGGCAGGGCUUCCAAGACCAACUGGCUAAGGGACGCAGGCUGGUGGAGCGCCUUGCCCAAAAGCUCAGCCCAGAACAUCAUGAACAUGAGGAGCAUGAAGAAGAAAAAGCAUCACUGGACCCCAGGUAACAAGGAAUGCUCAGGGCCUGGAAGAGAAUGGAUGAAAUAUGAGGAUGAUCAUCAAAUGAACAUACCAAGAGGUCAAAAGUAGCCACAGAUUUCAAAUGAAAAAGUAGCAAAAACUGCUGAUUGAAUGAUGACAUUCAUUCAACCAGUAAGGAAAUAGCCUUCUAAAAGGUUGUCCAUUGUCUUUGUGAUACGUGUAAACCUUACCUAAGGGAAAUUAACCAGUCUCGGGGAAUUUGUUGUAGUCACAGAAUCCAUCUGUUCACUCCACUAUGGCUAAAUUCAAGAUGAGAUGCAUAUCUGCUUUCUGCACGAUGGGCUUUAGCUUGUUAGCAGGGAUUUCAUAGCAAGAAAUGUAAUUAGACCCCUCAAAAAUCAUAUCACGUCACAAUAUUGUUAGAAAGAGGUCUAGAAGGCACAAGAUCCCUGGGAAUCUACAAUAUGUCAGGAACCUGUAUUCCCUGGGCUGACGUAUGUAACAUUCAAUACAAUUUCUGCGCAUGGUUGAGCCACUGUUCUGGUUCUCUGUGUCUGCUGAGUGCCAUUGCUGUACCAUACAGGUAGAGUUGAUUCUCCUUCCUCAUUGAGUGCUAUCUGGCCAGUUCACUGAGCACCCACUCCCCUCUUUCCUGCCCUCUGGGGCAGCCACACACUGCCCUCAUCACAGGAGGACUGUUUUCUUUCUCUUUGAGGGGACUGUCCCUUGCCUUCUGUGACCAAUCCCUCCACCUCCAAUCAGGACCACCUGGGACUCUGGCAUGCAAUCCUUCUUGGUUUCAUCAUAUCCUUUUUCCCCUGGCCUGAGCACAGAGCUACAGGAAAACAAGAGAGUGAAUGAAGCCCUGAAGGGCUCAGUGGAUGAAGGCCCUAUGACUUCUUCCAGUCACCAGGACCUGUCUGCUUCCCAUGAGCUUCCCAGCACCAAUGUCUUCUUGUCUGAGGAGCACGCAGACUGUUCUGCACUGGGUGCAGCUACUGAGUACUCCCAUCGUCAAGAGAAGAGAGCUCCAACAGGUCUCCCAGGUAGUGUCCAUAUUCUUUGUGCCCCACACCUCUGUCCAGGUAGAGAGGUGUCAUCUCUGCCAGCUGGCCCUGAAGACUUAUCUUGAUUUGAAUCAGAACCUACGACUCAGUUUUAAGCAUACACAUCAGGUGGGUCAGGUAGUUCAACACUCUUCCGAGUCCCAGGCCAAAUCUCUGUCAUCCCCGUUACCAUGCCUGCUCCACUCCAAACAGCAGUCUCUGUCUCCUCUAAGUUGGCUUGUCCUCAAUAAGGAGCCAUCUAAGUGUCAAAGAUAAACACCUCUUGAAUGGCUCUGGAAUUUUCCCUGAAUGCAUGGCGUGAACCCUGGCACCCUCCACAACUUUGAAUAGCAAGAAUCCUGUUCUCUAGGUGGCACCAAAGAUUCUUUCCAAUUUAUGAGUGAAUAAAUUCCAUCCAUCAGUCUAGUCUCAGUGUAUAACUUCAUCCAAACCAACUGCAGCCAGGAUACCUGAUGGACUAAGAGCUUAAUCUUGCAGCAACAUUUCCAGAAAGCAACUAGAUGAGCUGCUCAUGACCUCUGAAAGAAUAUGUUCACUUUUUGCCCAGGUUCAGGGCAGAGAACAUUGUGAUAUUAAUCUACGAGGUCAGAGACAGUCUGCCCAAUGACUCAGGAAAGGAAGCCUGGUCACUUUCGGAAGACACAACCCGAGGCCUCCUGAAAUAUUCUGAGAAUAUCCUGUUCUCACACUGAGAAUACUUGUGUCCCUGUGUUUAAAUAGGCCCCUGGGUUGGUAAUGUGUCAAGAAGCAACUUUUUUGUGUGACUGGCCCUGUCCGAAUUUAUUUUCAGAAACUCGAAAGGACCAGAAGGAUGAGGAAAGAGAACAGCCAACAGCCCCCAGGUAACUGAUAAUCCUGGCUGUGAAUGCAAUGGUGACAUCUGAAGAUCUCAAAUCCUGGGAAAAGCAGAAAGUGCCAAAUAGACGUAUUUCAUCCAAUCAGACAAGCACGAAUUACCCCUUUUAAGAAUGCUGUCUAUUUUCUUGCGAGUUGUCCUGUUAGUUUCCACUUGGUAUAAAUUUCUCAAGUUUAGGAACCUAGAAUCAGUUUGACACAAGGCAAAGUAACAAAUCUUAGAGAUUUCCUGCACUCAGGGAGACCAUGUGUCCUCUCUUGUUCGGGGAAAACUAAGAUAAGAUGCAUAACUUCUGUCUGCACAUUUGGCCAGUUUCUUGGUGAGAAUUUCAUAGCAUGACAUAUAGCUAGACAAAAAUGUGUAUAUGGUAUUACAGUAUUGAGAGAAACAGGCCUAGAAGGCACAAGACGUCUGGGAGCCCACAAUGCCCCAGGAGCCUUUACUCACUGGGCCUCUGUAAGAAAAGUGGAACAGAAGUUAUGCUUUGGAGUUGUAGGAGCUCCUGUGGUUCUCGUUGUGUGCUCUGUGUCAUGACUGUGCCAUAGAGGAGAGCUGAGUCUCCUUCCUCAUUAACUUGUUAUCUGGACAGGGCAGUGAGCACCUGCCGCCCUCUCUCCCACCACCACGGCAGCGUCACUUAGUUGCAGUCAUACAAGGAUUGUUAUCUUCUUCCUACUUCAAGGGAUGCCCUCUUUACCUUCUGUGACAUCUCCCUUAGUCUUCCAGUCAGAACCAGUUGGGAUGUUGUGGUGUCCAAUCUUUCCUUGUUUAAUAUUCUGUUAUCUUUGUGCCUCUGGGCUCAGCAGGGAGCUCCAGGAGGAGGAAAUGAAUGAUAUGCUCCAGGAUUCUUUGGAUGAACAGUAUUUGACUCUUUCCAGUCACCAUGACUUGUCUGACUCCUGCCUCCCUCCCGAUAGUCCCACCAUCCCAUCUGAUGAGCAUGAAAUCUGCUCUUGUCUGGAUGGAGCCUGUGAGUACUCUAUUGUAAAGAGGACAAGCUCCGAAUGUUCUCCAGGUAGCCUCCAAGUUCUUUGUGCUCACACCUCUGUCCAGGUACAGAAAUGUCUCUUUGAUGGCAGGCCCUGGAGACCCAUCAUGGUUUGAAUCAGAAUCUAAGAUUCAGUUGUAAGCACAGACAUCGGGUGGGUCAAGUAGCUGUACACCCUUCCAAGUCCCAGGUCAAAUCUCUGUCACCCUGGGGCCCAAUGCCAAGUACAGGCUGGUGAACACCAGGUAAACCAGAGUGGGGAGAUUGAAGAGAUCAUAACACGCUUCCAGCCAUGCUGAUGCUUGUGCACAACGGGAGUCUCCAUGAGCUCUUUCUAUAAAGAUGGCCCUCUGAUCUCUCCUGUAAUUUUCUUCCUAAUUGAGUUCCUGAACUGAGCAUUAAUGACUGUCCAAGUAGGGUGGUAGUCUUGCCUAUCUCUUUGGAGAUGUUGUUACCAUGGUUCCUCAGCUCUGAACUCCGGUCUCUCUCACCUCUGAGACAUCUUGUCCUUGCUAAGCAGUCUGCUGAGGAAAAAGACAAAGAUACCUCUGUCUUUCCAUGUCUGGAGUUUGCCCUGAAAUCAAGGCAUGGGCCCUGGUGCCCCCACCUCUAUGAAUCACCCAGGUCCCUGGCCUCUCGAAAGCGCCAAAUAUGCUUUCCUACGUGGGGUGUAUGGAUUCCAUCCAUCAGUCUUGUCUUGGUGUAUAAUCCCAUCUGUCUCACCAAAGACCAGGGUGUCUGCUGGGGCCAAGCUGACUCUUUCAGCAACACCUAUUGAAGGCUGCUGACACGUUCCUUGUGCUUUUGGGGAAGAAAGACAUGUUUAACUGGUUGCUCAACUCAGGGAAGAGGCUAUGGGGAUGACGAUCUACCAGGGCUGGGUCAAUUUGCUUGAUGGCUCAAGAAGGCAAGCCCGGCCGCUUCUCACAAGGCCCAACUUGAGGCCUCCUGCAGUGUUCCUCUCAGAAGACGCUGGUUUUGCUCAAAGAAUAUUGCUAUCCCUGUGCUUGUAUAGUUUGGGGAAGGGAGAGAUGUCUCUGUCCUACUCAAUCGGCACUUUAAGGACCUACUCACUACAAUGACCUUGACAAUGACAAAUAAAAAUGGCAAGCAAUAGGAUAUUGGAGUAUAUCAGGAAGCCAUUUGGUAUAAACCUAAUUCGGCCUGACUUUGUUUUUUCCAAAAGGGCCU